UGUCAAUCUCGUCGCCAGCUCAUCGAACAAACGAAUCCUUCUUCAGCGCUAUUUUUAUUUGUUUAGGUGUCGAAAACGCGUAUUGCUAAAUAAAAAGUUUCCGUUUUUGAUAAAGUAUACAUUAAGAUAAAUCAGUAUUUAUGUUAAACGAUCGAAUAGUUUGACCGCUUCGAAACUACCACAAUUUUGGUGAAAAAUGUCUUCUGCUUCGGAUAGGAUGUUGUUAGCUAUUCUUGCGGUGUUGGUUGUGUCAACAUUUCCACGUACAAACGCGAUUAUGUUCCGGUUAGCUCCGAACACGCAAAAGUGUCUGAGAGAUGAAAUGCAAGGCAAUCAAAUCGUAGCUGGUGAAUACGAAAUAACUAACGCACCUGGUCAAAAGAUUGAUUACGUGGUACGAGACACGAAAGGACACAUCCUGGCACAAAAAGAAGACAUCUCGAAAGGAAAAUUUUCAUUCACAUCGGAAGUUUAUGACACAUUUGAGAUAUGCUUCAUUUCGCAAGUACCACCAACCCAUCGAGGAAUGGACCAAGAGGUUUCAUUGGAUGUGAAAAAAGGCAUUGAAACUAAAAGCUACGAAGGGAUUGGAGAGGCUGCAAAAUUGAAACCGUUGGAGGUGGACCUAAAAAGGCUUGAGGAUCUGUCCGACGCUAUUGUGCAAGAUUUUGCGCUGAUGCGAAAGCGCGAGGAAGAAAUGCGUGACACAAAUGAAUCAACAAACAGUCGAGUACUUUUCUUUAGCAUUUUUAGUAUGAGCUGCUUGUUGGGGCUCGCCACAUGGCAGGUGCUAUACCUGAGACGGUACUUCAUUGCAAAAAAACUAAUUUAACCGCUUGUAUUGUUUCGAAGCAAUACAAACAUACAUCUUUGAGAAACCGAAUAAAUUACUAAAGAAAAGAGAACAAACAAUGA